AUGCACGCGAAGAUUAACUUCACUUACGAGUUGGAAAAUGAGAGGACAUUGCCAUUUCUGGACGUGAAGAUUUUCGUUCGUGCUGACGGCUCUCUAGGACACUCGGUUUACAGGAAAUCGACUCACACUGACCGAUAUUUACAAGCUGAUUCUCACCACCAUCCCAGACAACUAAACUCUGUAGUCACCUCACUCACCAACCGCGCAUAUGAUUUAUGCGACGAGGAACAUCUACAGGAGGAGCUGACACAUGUGAUGAAGGUGCUGCAGAGUAACGGAUAUAGGAUUGCAAAGCACAAGAAGAAACCCACUAAUAGACAUCGGAGGUGCGAGGUUGAGAGGCAACCAGCAUUUAUGCCAUAUGUGAAGGGAGUGACAGAUAAGGUUGCAAACAUUCUCCACAAAUACGCCAUUAAGACUGUCUUCACUCCUUUCCGGAAAGUUUCCCAGAUGCUGCGCUCGCCGAAGGAUAGCUUCCCUCUAGAAAGACCUGGUGUCUAUAAAGUGGACUGUAGUUGUGGCAAAUCAUAUAUCGGAGUUCAACAAUCUGCUUUUUGA